AUGCCCUCCUCCGUCGCCAUCUGGUCCCUCGCCCCCUCCCCCGCACACACCCGGCUGGCCACUGGCUGCGACCACGGCGCCAUCGCCGACAACCAGCUUGAGCUCGUCUGCAAGCUCGACCCCUGCAAGACCCGUCUCCUCAGCCUCGCCUGGGGCAUCUCACCCUCCGAAACUCCUCUCCUGCUCCAGGACCCCAACAAAUCGCAGUCUUCCUCGUCGCCGGCGGCGCCGAACCCAGUCUGCGCAAGUGGGCCGCCGGCUCCGGCCGUUGUCUCAACCGGAUGA